CCAACAGUCAACUUAUUUUCUUUCUUUUCAAAACGAUUUAGGUGUUACGGGUUUCUCAUGAACUCUUUGACCACCGGUCAAACCAAUUUAGACUUUCACCAAAGUCAAACCACUUAACAUUUAAUGCCUAUGACGGAGAUAGCCUCAAUCCGUAAUACCGAAGAUAGCCUCAAUUCGGUGGAGUACGGACCUGGAUUACGCCGAAAUCGAAUCGAUAUCUCGAACGGAAGACAAAUCAACGAAAUCAAACGAACGGGUCAAAUCGAGUCAAAAUACGAAAUCGACCAAUCAAUCCGGCGUGGAGGUUAAUCUGCCGGCGAUAUCAACUCGGGGCAGCGGCUGGAUGCGGCGACGGUGACGGACGCCGGCGACAGUGGCGUAGCGGCAGCUCGACGGCGGCACUGGUACGAAGGGAUUUCUUGGUGAGAAUUCUGCAUCCUCGCCUCCCUGUGAGUAACCAGCACCACCGUGGCACCGUAUAGAUGGCAGCGACAUCGUUAUCUAGCCUCCGCUACUCCGACAGCAUCGUCGUUGGAAUCUCAAUUUGCACUGCAAUUAUAUGCGAAGCCAUCUCCUGGCUUCUAAUCUACCGCACAGCCUCCUACAAGUCCCUGAAGUCCUCCAUCGACAAGGCAUCCAAGAAGCUUGAGACUAUGACAACUCUCGAAUCAUCCAAUCCCACCGUCGCUCUCACCUCCAAGAAGUCCAAAUCUAAGAAAAUCGACCGGGUCGAGACAACCCUCAAGGAGUCCAGCCGCGAUCUCUCGCUCUUCAAGUUCAAAUCGGGGUUCGUAGUCGCGGUGGUUCUUUUCCUUGUCUUCGGAUUUCUAAACAACCUGUUUGAGGGGAAACCCGUUGCAAAAUUACCGUUUGUGCCUAUCAGGCUUGUUCAGAAGAUGAGCCACUGCGGGUUGCCGGGGGAGGACAUGACUGAUUGUUCAAUGGCAUUUUUGUAUUUUCUCUGCUCGAUAAGCAUUCACACCAAUCUUCAGAAGUUUCUAGGGUUUUCACCACCCCGCGGAGCUGCUGGAGCGGGCCUCUUUCCUAUGCCUGAUGCAAAGACCAAUUGAUCGCCUAAUGGGUGAACGAUCACAUUUUUUCCCUCUCUCAAUAUUUUUAAUUAUACUCCGUAUGUUUGAGCUCUGGCAAUUAUAGAUAAAUGUUUGAGAUUUUUCAUUUUACACAUUUUGAUGGUUGCAAUAAUUUAAUCUCACGAAAGAGUUUGAUUUUCAUUGGAAUCUAUGCUGGUGGUAUUUACUUUUUUAGAUUAUUUUAUCUUCAUAUAUUCUUGAGGGAAUGUCUAUGAUGUUGACAAUGCAAUACUCAGGUAAUUUAUAGCUUGAGACAAUGCAAUACUCAGGUAAUUUAUAGCUUGAAAUAGGCCACUUUUUUCUUCUAAUUUCUCAUUCAUAAUGACCUUCCUUGGUGUUUUUAUUAGGUUGUUACAUGGAGCUCUUCUUCGCAUUUAAUUCUAAAGCCCAUUAGAAUCCUCUUGGGUAGUGUCUAACUUCCUAUUUUUUUUAAUGUUAAUGACUACAUUACAAUACAUUAUACUGAGUAAUUUUAUCUCAGAUUUUAUAUAGCCUUCUUCUUUCAUGUAUCACCUCUUCACAAGUAAUUCCUAAAGAUGAUCUUAGGCUCAAUCUCCGCCUAGAAUAUAUUAAGAAAUCUCCACAUGGUGCAAUAUUUGUUAAACAAAAUCUCCACAUGUUUUUGACUAGCGACAGACUAGGCAAAGUAAUGUGUUUCUUUUUUUUUUUGUGAGUGAAACAUGCGGAAUUUUUUAGACAGGCUUUGACUGUGGAUUUUUUUAAGGAAAUCUACUUUAUAUUUUUUUAAAGUAAUGUGUUAUCUAUUCUCGUUUUCUACAAAGUAUAUACUAUGUAAUGUAUUUCAUACCUAUAAAAUUAAUUAUUUCAUCGUAUAUGCUUUUACAUCAGUAUCAAUAAAAUUAUUAAGGUCGCCAUAGCGUCCAAUCAUUAUGCUGUAUAGAUGAUGUCUAUAUAUGAAACUAAUAUUGUGUCACUAUUUUAAAUGGAUUUCCAUUUCUGGUUUUAAAGAAAUACUGUAUAUUCUGUCUUUGUUUUAUCAACAGAUGGGCGUGGUUGAAGCCAUGACAGUGUUAAAACAUCCAUUGCUAGUGCACAAGGCGUGUUAAAACAUUCAUUGCCCAGUGCCCAUUGUCCAGUUCAUUAUUUAUUUCUCAACUCAUUACUGAUUUGAUAUUCUUCAAUUUGUUUUUUAUUACUUUUCACAUGGAAGAAGAAAUCGAACUAGGAAGCUUGAUCCAUCCAUAGCGAGCAAAGGCCAUCCGAGGUAUGGACAAUGAAUAAGGCAGUGCCUUUUACUAAUAAUAUUUUUUGUCUUUAAUUCAUUAAGUUUCUAGGCAUUUAAUUCUAAGGCCCAUUAGAAUCCUCUUGGGUAGUGUCUAACUUCCUAUUUUCUUUAAUGUUAAUGACUACAUUACAAUACAUUAUACGGAGUAAUUUUAUCUCAGAUUUUAUAUAGCCUUCUUCUUUCAUGUAUCACCUCUUCACAAGUAAUUCCUAAAGAUGAUCUUAGGCUCAAUCUCCGCCUAGAAUAUAUUAAGAAAUCUCCACAUGGUGCAAUAUUUGUUAAACAAAACCUCCUAAAGGUUCUUGACAGGCUAGCAGCUCGGAUAAGAACCGCGGUUCAAGGCUAUCAUCCUACAUCAAAACUAUUUGGGGAGUGUUGUUUGCAGAUAAUCACCCACCACCUUAGAGGUAUGCUCUCUUUAUUUCUUUUUAUGCUGAUUCAUGAGUUUGUUAUAUAGUUGUUCAUCUAUUGGGGUGGCAGUUAUAUUCUUUGGAUGUGAGCCUCCCAAGCGUCAUGUGAUAUGGAGUUUCUCUUGCUGAGUUAUUAUUUUCCUUCCACAUACGUUUGACCAGCCUAGCUUUUUAAGUGAAAUGGACUUCCCCAGUUUAGUUGGUAUUACUUCCUUGUGUAUUCCUCAACAGCCAAACUAGAAUAUCCAGCCGAUCAGCACGACAUGUGACAAAGUGUAAAAUCGAUAGUCUCAAAGCUCCUAGAUACACAUUUGGAGUUUGAACAGACGUCUUAAAUAUGAAAAAAUUCACUAAGCCUAGAAUUGUAAUACCAUUAGGCCUGGGAUUAUC